UUUCUACCGACAGUUCCACAAUAUUUAGUUAUCAAAAAAAUGAGUUCAGACGAAUUAUCGUUAGUGAAGGAGGAAAACUCCAUGGGAGUUUCCGAGACUGGCUCCCAGAACCCACAGCGCUUGGAAUGCCUCCUAUCCAAGGGUCUACUACAGAGAGACUUAGAUUUAUUGAGAGAAGCCGGAUACUCAACACUAGAAUGCGUGGCAUAUGCACCUCAGAAGAACUUGCUCGUUAUCAAGGGCCUGAGCGAGCAAAAGGUACUCAAGAUCAAAGCAGCCUGCAGAGAGCUCUGUCACCUCGGAUUUUGCUCAGGCCAAGAUUACCUCGAAGCCAGAGGAAAUUUAAUCAAAUUCACCACCGGAUCCGCCCAACUUGAUAAGCUUCUUCAGGGUGGUGUCGAGACCGGAAGCAUCACCGAAAUUAUCGGUGAAUUCAAAACCGGAAAAUCACAGCUUUGUCAUACCCUCGCUGUUACGUGCCAAUUACCAGUAGAACAGAGUGGAGGUGAGGGGAAAUGUUUGUGGGUGGAUUCUGAGGGAACAUUUAGGCCUGAAAGAAUUGUUUCCAUUGCAAAACGGUUCGGCCUCUCACCCUCAGACUGCCUUGAUAAUGUCGCCUAUGCAAGGGCCUAUAACACAGACCACCAGCUAGAAUUACUUGUAGAAGCCAGUGCCAUGAUGGCUCAAACUAGAUUUGCACUCCUAAUUGUUGAUAGCGCCACCUCGCUCUAUAGAUCAGACUACUCAGGCAGAGGUGAAUUGGCAAGUAGACAGAUGCACUUGUGUAAGUUUUUGCGGGCGUUACAGAGAAUCGCCGAUACAUUUGGAGUCGCAGUUGUUAUCACAAAUCAAGUUGUAGCAAAAGUUGACGCAAUGUCCACUUUCUUCGGUAAUGAUAAGUUACCAGUUGGAGGACACAUAAUAGCACACGCAAGUCAAACAAGGUUAUUCUUAAGGCAGUCGAAAGGAGAAAGCAGGAUCUGCAAGAUUUAUGACUCACCAGUGUUGCCCGAAGGAGAGGCAGUUUUCGCCAUUACCGACGGAGGCAUCAAUGACUAUCAUGAUAGAUAGAUUAAAAAAAUUAAAUAUUUUACAGUUUAA